CUCUGGAGCAGAGAUGGCCUCCAUCAUGGGGUUCCUCAUGUAUAGCUGGGUUCUUUUACCUUUGCUUACUGCAAAUGAAGUCCCCCGUCCCUGUGUCUUGCCAUUCACUUACAGCCACAAGGCCUACUCCUCUUGCACUGCUGAUGGAAUUCAGAACAAGAGGCUGUGGUGUGCCACAACUGGGAACUAUGACAGAAAUCGCGAGUGGAAGUAUUGUGCCCUUACAGAAUACGGAGGUAAUUCUGGUGGACAGCCCUGCGUCUUCCCUUUUGCUUAUAAGGAUCAGACAUUCUACUCAUGCACCAACAAAGAUGCACAGAUCGGAAGGUUCUGGUGUGCCACAACAGGGAGCUAUGAUAAGGAUAAGAAAUGGAGCUACUGUGCUGAUAAAA